AUGGCGAACCGCGCCUCAACCACCGAUGACCUCCGCGUGAAGAUUUCCGGCGAUGAGAUCCGGCGUUUGCUUCUUCUGCGGGUAGGAGGCGGAGGAUCCAGCGGUGACACCCACGCUAGGGAUGCAGAGGACAUGCAUGACGCGCGAUGCAAGAUGGUGGUCAUGGGUGGUGAUGCGCAUGUGUGCCACUCCAUCCAUGGCUGA